UCCCCAAUGACAACUUUCUGGCAACCCAAUUAAAAAAUAGAUCUUGAAGUUGUUAGUAAUGGGUCAUUCUUGGGUUUUGAGUAUUGGGUUUUUUGUGCUUAUACUUAGUUUGAGCUUCAGUUUUGGGUACGCAGAGGUUGUUGAAGGGACUGUGUUUAUAAAUGGGAAGAGUGCCAUUGGAAAAACAGACAAUGAUUUCAUUUGUGCUACCUUGGAUUGGUGGCCUUUUGAUAAGUGUGAUUAUGGUACCUGUUCUUGGGACCAUGCUUCUCUCCUCAACUUGGAUCUUAGCAAUGCAAUACUUUUAAAUGCCAUAAAAGCUUUCUCACCCCUAAAGAUUAGGUUGGGAGGCACUUUGGAAGAUGAUUUGAUCUAUGAAACCGAAGAUCAUAGCCAGCCCUGUCUUCCAUUUGUGAAGAAGGAAACAGAAGUGUUUCAGUACACUCAGGGUUGCCUGCCCUUGUCUAGAUGGGAUGAACUAAAUGCCUUAUUCCAAAAAUCUGGUGCUGUUAUUAUUUUCGGCUUGAACGUUCUCUAUGGACGGAGACCAUCACAACCUAAUAACACACCUUGGAAUUCAACAAAUGCUGAAUCGCUUAUGCGAUAUACUGUCAUAAAGGGUUACACCAUCCACGGUUGGGAGCUAGGGAAUGAAUUGAGUGGAAGUGGAGUUGGGUUUAGCAUCGCAGCAGAUCAGUAUGCGUUGGACACAAUUCACCUGCACAACAUAGUGCAGAUUAUAUACAAAGACAUAGAAGCUAAGCCGCUGAUUUUAGGACCGGCAGGAUUCUUUGAUGCAGACUGGUACAAAGAAUAUGUAGACAAAACACACAAUUCAUUGGAUGUGAUCACUCACCACAUAUAUAAUCUCGGGCCAGGAAAAGACGAACACCUUGUUGAGAAAAUCCUUGAUCCGUCUUUUCUUGAUGGUGAGGCUCGUACUUUUAGUCAACUGCGUAGCCUCCUCAAGAACUCUGGAACUUCGGUGAAUUCUUGGGUUGGUGAGGCCGGAGGGGCAUAUAACAGCGGACGCAACCAUGUAUCCAAUGCUUUCGUUAAUAGCUUCUGGUAUCUCGACCAGCUCGGGAUGUCUGCAUCAUAUGGCACAAAGACAUACUGUCGACAGUCACUUAUAGGUGGAAACUAUGGUUUGCUAAACAUCACUAGCUUUGUACCAAAUCCAGAUUACUACAGUGCGCUUCUUUGGCAUCGAUUGAUGGGAACAAAUGUUCUGGCAACCAGCUUCUCGGGGACGAAGAAAAUACGGGCUUAUGCUCACUGCGCCAAGCAAUCUAAAGGGAUUGCCUUACUGUUGAUCAACCUCGAUGGCAACACUUCCGCGAAGGUGAGAGUUGAUUUCAAUGGAAGUUCAAUGGAGCAUAGCAGACACAGAGAUGAUCAUAGCCUUAGAAUGAGAGCAUUUCUGGUGCCUCAGAUUUAUGAAUUAGAAGCCAUGAGUAGAGAAGAGUAUCAUCUGACAGCCAAGAAUGGUGAUUUACAGAGCCAGAUUAUGGUGCUAAAUGGGAAGGAAUUAGGUGUAGAUUCAUCAGGGCAAAUACCUUCCUUGCAGCCUCAAUUUGUGAGCUCGUCGGAGCCCAUAACGGUUGCUCCUUUUUCCAUUGUUUUUGCUCAUAUACCAUAUGUGGUUCAGCCUGCUUGUUCUGCUUAGGGGCAGAUACUGUACUUGUUCCUAGCAGGGAUUCUUGAAAUAAUUAUAAAAAUGGAAAAAGCAUAAGACAAAAAAAUUGAAGUAGUA